GGAUCAUGAGCAGCGUUGGUUUUGGCGUGGACGAUCUAAAGAUAUUUCUUGCAAAUGAUGCUAAGGUCUUUCCCGUUGCUGAUUCGACGGCGAUCGAGCUGCCAUGGGCAAAAAUACUGCGAACAGACAGUGAAGACUUCGCAUUGAAAGAUUUGAAAAGAAAUCUCAGCCUCAACCCUACGGGAUUCCAAGAAGCAAUUGAAGAGGCUCUGCCGCAGAUGAUAAACGUGCACUAAACCGGGCUGCACUCAUCCUAGAGAGAAAGGGCAGGAUGGUACCAAGUCCCACGUUUAGCCAACUGAAGAGAGGCAUAGGUGAUGACAAUGAGGAUUAA